AUGGACAGUGGGAUUGAGCACCCCCUCAGCAAGUUUUCAGAUGACACCAAGCCUUGUGGUGCCAUUGACACAUCUGAGGGGUGGGAUGCAUUCCACUUGGACCUGGAUGAACUCAAGAAGUGGACCCAUGGGAACCUCAUGAGGUUUAACAAGAACAAAUGCAGGGAGCUGCACCUGGGUAUCAGCCUCACGUCGGCACCUACAUCUCCCGGAUCAACCACCCGACGCUCACCGGUGUCCUGCGGUGGUCCCGGCGACGCGGGAUCGGCGUUGCCUGGAUACUUGGGGCGCGCGCGCAGCGGGGGCGGUGCCGGUGGCGCUCGUGCCCUCCCCCCACUCCGCGAGCGCGUCACGGCGCGAGGGAGGCGGACCGGGCCGCGAUUGGCCGGGCAGGAACCGGGCCGCACGCCGCCAGUUGGCCCGCGCGGGUCACGCAGCGCGGGCGGGGCCCAUGACGCGCGCGCGCGGCGGCGGCAGCGGCAGCGGCAGGGGGGGCUUUGCUUGUCAGGUACGGACUGUCCGCACGGGGGGGCACCCGCCGGGUCGGGACCGCCCCCGCCGGGCACCGCGACACCUGGAACAACCCGGGACACCCGGGAUACUCUGGGACACCCGGGACACUCGGCCGACUCAGCGGGGCGGGCGGGCCCUGCUCCGCCUCUACCUGCGGGCGGGGCGGGGCGGGGCGGGGCGGGCACCGGCGCCGCUCUUGUUGUGCCCCGGCGGGGCGGCGGCGUCCGUAUCCGGUGGCGGCCCCGUCGGCGUCAGGGGCGCCGCUCGGCCGGCGGCGGCUCCGCCCCGGCGCGUCCGGCACAGCCGAUCCCGCCCCCCCGGCCCGGCUCAUGGGGGAUGCAGGGUGAGAUCGAUCCCGGUCCCAGCCUGGUGCCGCGCUGGUCCCUGGUGCUUGGUGCGCGGUCCUGUUCUUUUCUGCCAGGUCCGGUUUCUUUGGUACCCGCCUUGUGUGUUCCCGUCGCGUGCUCCGGCUUGUGCCGGGACUAG